AUGAAGCUCCAGUGUGAGGUAGAGGUGGUUAACCGCCACCUUCCUACUUUUGGCCUGAGGGGUCGGGGUAAAGGCACCAGGGCAGUGCUGUCCUUGGGCCGGCCGUUGGACAAGACGCUGCCUCAGUCUCAGGCUGGGACCGCCCACCUAGUCAUACACACCCUGAAGGACAAGACUGGGAGCAGGUACAAGCUAAAGGAAAAUAUUGAGCAAUUUUUUACUAAAUUUGUGGAAGACGGGAAAGCCACUGUUCGAUUAAAGGAACCUGCCGUCGAUGUCUGUCUUAGUAAGAAUUCCCUAUGCUUCUCAUAUCAUUCCUUUUCGUCUUUGUCAAGAUUUGGAUAUAUCAAAAUCCUGUGAAUGUGGAAAAUCCUGUCUAAGCUCUUUCAUUCAAGCAACUAUUACUAUGAAUCUUCACUAUGUUGCUCACACUGUGGUGCUAGUAGAUAA